UUUUUUUUAUGAGCUGUCUGAAUUUUCCAGAUUUAGGACACUUGAAAUAAAUAUACAGUCAUGUCUGCUUACCAUCUGGCAGAAAGUAUUUUCAAACUCCAGGCUUGAGAAACUAUUUGGUGAUGUGAGCAAUCACUUACUGUCUUUUACAUCACACACAAAGUCGGGCACCUACCACAAAAGCUUGUUAUGUAUUUCAUGCUGGAAAGGUCUCUAUGAAUGCCUAGAUGAGGUUUCUGCAGAUACAUCUGGUCACAUAUCUCAUAUUGAGAGGUGCAUGGAAGUUCUAUUUACUUUAUUACCAGCAAUUCAAUCUUCUGGAAGUGCAGUUUCAGGGGAUGUAAGUUCUGGGGAGGAAUGGUCUGAGGCUGUAAGAUGCUUAGGGAAGGCUCCAGAAAGUUGGCUAUUGGAUUUCCUGAAGGUUUCACAUGAGGAGUUUGUUCAGAGUGCUGGAAAAUCUAUUGAACUCCAGAAAAAGGUUUGUGCUAAGAUCAAGCUUGUGAAGACUGGUUCCCUUUCAGUGACUGAACUUGGAAAAAUGAAAUCCUACAUUUUGAACUCCCAAUCUCAAGGACUCUGGCAUAUACUCUUUGAAGUUGUGGCAGCUUUGUACUGUGCCGAGGAAAGUAUUAAAAAACAGUGGCUUAUUGAUGCUGUUGAAAUUAGCUGCGUAUCCAGUUUUCCGUCCACGGCACUGCAGUUUCUUGGUCUGUUAUCUGCUGCAUGCUGCAAGUAUAUGCCCUUUAUGAUCGUGGACCAACAAAUGGUUGUGAAUGAUCUACCAGUCACCCUUGUGUCUCUUCUAGCAGACCAAAACUGGAAUGUUGUUGCUGAAACUGUCGUGUCGCACCUCUUUUCAUCCACAGAACGUAUAUACAACUGGGCUACGCAAAUAGCAGACGGUUCCUAUAUUCCUGGCUCGCAACUCAUCGAUGAAAGUGAGAAUCAAAUAACUGUUUUUCUGCUAAAAGUGAUGCAUCAUACAUGUGUUUUACUUAAAAGUUACUUGCCAUUAGAUAAGCAACUCCGGCUCUCCAGCAUGGUUGUUGCUCGAGAAGGAAACUAUAGUCCUGAAAAUAAAAGAUUAUGACACUGAAAUUGUUAUAUACUCAAAAGAACACCCUUACCAUGCUACAUGCAGCCCUAUUUUUUAGGGAAUAAUCUUUGGCAUUCAUAGAAUGUGGAGAAUUCUGAGCUGUUUCUGCCAUUCUUUAUUUGAUUCGGAAUUCAAUUGAGAGGGCACAGUGUUGAGCAGAAGCCAACCGUGUGGAAUGUCUCUUACAAAUCAUGGAGCUGUAUAUUCACAUCUCAAUGCACUAAUGUUGUACCAUUAUUUUCUGUUCUUCUUACACAACCCUUAUGUAUAUAGUUAUAGCCUAGUGGUUGAUCACAGAGAUAUGUAACGCAUUUCAAUUAAAAUACACAAGAAAAAUUAUUGGGUUCCAAUUUCCAAGCCCUUGAUUU